AUGGCUUCAACUGGCCUUGAACUCCUGGGUAUGACCCUGGCCGUGCUGGGCUGGCUGGGCACCCUGGUGUCGUGUGCCUUGCCCCUGUGGAAGGUGACCGCCUUCAUCGGCAACAGCAUCGUCGUGGCUCAGGUGGUAUGGGAGGGGCUGUGGAUGUCCUGUGUAGUGCAGAGCACCGGCCAGAUGCAGUGCAAGGUCUACGACUCCCUGCUGGCCCUGCCCCAGGACCUGCAGGCGGCCCGCGCCCUCUGCGUCGUCGCCCUCCUGCUGGCCCUGCUCGGGCUGCUGGUGGCCAUCACAGGGGCCCAGUGCACCACGUGCGUGGAGGAUGAAAGCGCCAAGGCUCGCAUCGUGCUCACCGCGGGGGUCCUCCUCCUCCUCUCCGGCAUCCUGGUGCUCAUCCCCGUCUGCUGGACCGCACACGCAGUCAUCCAGGACUUCUACAACCCGCUGGUGGCUGAGGCCCUCAAGCGGGAGCUUGGGGCCUCCCUCUACCUGGGCUGGGCCGCUGCUGCCCUGCUCAUGCUUGGGGGGGGGCUCCUCUGCUGCACGUGCCCUCCACCCCAGAUUGAGCGGCCAAGAGGACCAAGGCUGGGUUACUCCAUCCCCUCCCGCUCAGGGGCGUCUGGACUGGACAAGAGGGACUAUGUAUGACGUGGAAAGUGUCCCUGGAAACCCGCAGCUCAGAGCCUUGACCUUGCCCCCACUGCCAACACCUCCCCUGAAGCAAAACCCCUUUCCCAGAAGCUCCAAUCAGGGCUGGCUAUGGAGUGGGGUCCCUCCGGGUCUUUCUCCUACCUUGCUCUCUAGGCAGAGCCAGAACUGAUGGGGUAUGCCCGUCUGCCCCCGCAACCUCCCCACUCUGCUCCUCCUGGUCGAACUGCUCACUUCUUUGAAAUACAGCUUAGGCUGGCCAUCCUCUUCCUCUGAGGCUACCCCUGGCCUAGGAAUUCGGGCUUCACCCAAAGGGCAGAAGAUCCUUGGCUCCAAAAUAAGGAGGGGAUCCCUGCCUGGGGUGGGUCCUCCCCAGCCUGGCCACCACCUGAAUCCAGAGGUCCAGGCCAGGAGCACAGCCGAUCGCCCCACCCUCUAUGCCCACCUGCCC